CUUUGGGGGUGGGGUGGGGGUGGGAGCUCCCCAAUCCUGGGGGAAAAGCGAGGAGAGACUGGGGUGGCCAAGCCAGCCCAGCAACCAGGCUCGAGGGGCUAGGGAACAGGCAGGAGUGAAGAGGAUCGCCUCUGGGCUUCUUUCUCCGGAGGAGCCGGGGAGGCAGUGGGGAGGAGGCCGGAGCUGCAUGGAGUUUCUGGGGCGCGCAACUCCGGCGGGGCCUCGGCCACUGGGCUCCUGGGCGCAGCGAGGAGGCAGCCGCGCACAUGGGCUGAGCCCGCGCGGCCAGCGGGCGCGGGAGGGGUAGAGGCGAGCGCGGUGCAGGGGGUGCGGGGCGCACGUUCCCCCAGACGGGAGGCGAGGACAAGGACAGGGGAGAAAGGAGCAGCCUGGAUCAUCGUGGGCUCUGCAAAACCCAGCCGAGAGACCCAAGGGAAAGGAAAGACUCGCGCUCGGCUCCGGGAGCCGCUGGGUUGGGCAAAGCGGGCCUCCCAACCGGAGGGGGAGACGCCGUGGGAGCCGGCGACAGAGAGGAAAGGAUGCCCGCGCGGGGACGCGUGUGAGCGCCGGGCUGAGCGCUCGCUUUCGUGUCUCCCCCUCCCUGCGGGCCUCGGAGGAGGCGCCUGGGCAGCCGGGCAGCGGAGCUCCGGCUCCAAGAGAGGGAAAAGAUGCCGUUCCACCAUGUGACCGCUGGCUUGUUGUACAAGGGGAAUUACCUCAACCGAUCUCUGUCUGCAGGCAGUGACAGCGAACAGUUGGCUAACAUCUCUGUGGAAGAACUGGAUGAAAUCCGAGAGGCCUUUCGUGUUCUGGACAGAGAUGGGAACGGCUUCAUCUCCAAGCAGGAGCUGGGUAUGGCCAUGCGCUCUUUGGGGUAUAUGCCGAGCGAGGUGGAGCUGGCCAUCAUCAUGCAGCGCCUGGACAUGGAUGGAGAUGGGCAGGUGGAUUUUGAUGAAUUCAUGACAAUUCUUGGGCCCAAGCUGGUGUCCUCAGAAGGUCGAGAUGGUUUUCUUGGAAAUACGAUAGACAGCAUCUUCUGGCAGUUUGACAUGCAGAGGGUCACUCUGGAAGAGCUGAAGCAUAUCCUGUACCAUGCCUUCCGGGAUCACUUAACGAUGAAGGACAUUGAAAACAUCAUCAUCAACGAGGAAGAGAGUUUGAACGAGACCUCGGGGAACUGCCAGACAGAGUUUGAAGGAGUUCAUUCGCAGAAGCAGAACCGGCAGACCUGCGUCCGCAAGAGCCUCAUAUGCGCCUUUGCCAUGGCCUUCAUCAUAAGCGUCAUGCUGAUCGCAGCCAACCAGAUCCUACGGAGCGGCAUGGAGUAGCCUCCCACCAGCCACACCUCGUUGCCAGCUCACUGCGCAUGUGCAUGCCCUGCGGGCAGACUCUGUUCCUCCACAUGGGAGAUCUGGACCUAUGGAUGGAUGCAGGCGUUGGUACAGUUCAGUGAAGAACUCAAGUUUGCAGUGCAACCGGGGUCACGGAUCAAUUCCUUCUCCUUGGCAGGGACACUAAAGGGCUGUCUUCAAUGCUUUCAUGGUCUUGUUUCCCAAUGCAAUAAAUAGCCCGGAGUUCUCAAUUAUUGCUUCAACCGCCAGUAGCAACUCCGAAGGGGGGGAAAAUACUGCUUUCUUUUCGUCUUGGAAUUCCAGUAGCCAUCCACAUAUCAUGGUGGCAUCAGAGAGCGAGAAAGAAAGAGGUGUGAGCAACAGUCACCUCCAUCCACGCCCCUAUUCUGUCAACCCAGGGAUCCAGAGACUCCCUGCAGAAGCUGACUUCUGGGUUGCUAUGGAAAGGGGACUUUCCAUCUCACCCUGGCUUCCUUGCUCCACUCAGUGGAGACCCCUCCCCCCACGGCAUGAGGGGGAAAGCCAUUAAGCAGGGUGCAGCUCCUCGCAGUCACUGCUGUUCUUAUUGCCUUUUCUACAGGACUCCUGCUGGGAGAGCUAGGGCGCUCUCGGUUGGUUUCCAUGGCACUUGGCUUUCUGUUUCUGAAGUCCAUCCCGCACCAGCAUCUUGGAAUCUGCAGAGAGCCUUGCUCCCAGCUUUCUUGCCUGUGCCGCCAUUAUAGGAUUAAAAAAAAAAAAGUAUGAAGACCCAUAACUGGGUGUCUCUAUAACCCAGACACACAGACAGACAAGAGACUUCUCCGUGAGUGAUGCCCUUCUCCCUAAUUGCUCACUUUGGACAUGACCUUGUCCUCUAGCUCAUACCCAUCCCUGCUUCUGUGGAGCAGAGGGUGAAGCGUGGGGGGAGGGGAGGGAUUGAGCCUGGCGGCAAGCAGGCCCACACUCCAGGCAUCUGAAGUAACAGAGCUCCUCUGAGUUGCCAUUCUAGACAAUAUCUGUAAGUUAAGAUGGCUGUCCAGCUAACCCUUCCCUCAUCUUGGACUUUAUUCCUGAUUCUUUCCCCGGCUAAGAAAGAGACCUGGGACCUGAAACAGAAAGAGGAAAGGAUCAAAUUGCUGUGGUUUUGCUUAAUAUUUGAUAUUCAGGUUGUCCCAGUGACUCAUGAGAGAGAGAUUGAUGUGACAGAGCCUUAGGCAGCAUCCUGAUCACAGAACGUGUUUGCUGGGGCAGAGGACUGAAUACCAGGCUCUGUUUCCAGGGGCAGGACAGGUGUCUCACGUCUUUGAACUUUCCUGGCUUCACUCUUAAUAUAAAUCCCAGUGGUCAGAUCAGCCUAUUAACUACAGAUGUACUAACUCCCUUUGUCCUUAUUCCUGUAAUGAAAUUGUCCUGCUCCUACUUUGGAUCUCAGCCAGAAGCGCCCCGAUUCCCUUUUCUCUGUCCUCCUGCCACACCAAGGCUCCAGCAGCUUUGCUUGCUCCGUCCUGCUGGGUAGGUUUUUAUGGUGCCGUGUGUAUUCCCCUAGCCCACUUUCCCUCUCUGCUCCCUCCUUACGACUUCUUAGACCAGGAUCAUGCAAGGACUCCCCACAGGGUCUUCCUCCCGUUCGCCCCUACAAGCACUCCGUGCAGUAGUGUGGGCAGCUGUAGAUAUUUUCCCACUUAGGGUGUGAAUAUUCACCAAGAGCACAAGUCAAACUAGCUUUGAGCCAUAGCAUACGCAAGAGGGAGCAGGUCGGAGGUCCCAAGAGCCCAAGGGGCACAGUGUCACUUCAUAAAACAGCCCAGAGUCUGGAACAUCCAGGCAGUGGCCUGCCUUCCCUUCUUACGGUGCCCUUUGCAAACCUGCCCUUUUGGUUUCUUUCCUAGGCUGAGUCAUCAAGGUCCCCUUAGGACCAGACUCCCGAACUAGUACAGGCAAAAACACAGAAUAUUAAUACACUGCACAACUUCCCACCCCCUUAGUUUCUUCCUGGGGUAAUUGCCUGCUCUCUGCCGGAUGUGUGCCCGAAGACAACCAUAGCUGGCAGCAACGUGCUUCCCUCUUGUUAGCUGAUGUUUGGACCUUCUCGUCUGGAGGUGCAGGGCUCUAAGGACCUGAAAGAGGCAGAUGCCAUGCCACGGCUGAGAUUAGCCCUCAAGGUGGAACAUAAGGACUUCCUCAGAUGUUGCUUUUCUGCAAGAUCUGCCCCUUACUGAAGGAUGCUGAUCCCGAAAGAUGCAGGGUUUAGAUUUCUUCAGUGAUGAGCAGAGAUGUGAUAAAUGCCUGCACCUUAUAAGGGCAUGUGAGCACCCUGUGCUUCUCUCCCCAUAGCAUGGAAGGAACAAUAGGAAAGAAGCCAUCAGAGUCCCUCCCAUGGCCCAGAAGUUAAUCUCCCCGCAACCUCCUCUUCGGAGGCACCCAGGAAUGGAAUACAGCAGUACAGAAAGCCUGGUCUAGUGGUGUUCUUUUGAAGACUCGGGGGUUGAGAGUAUGCUUAGGUGGCCUGCUGUCUAGCUGCUUUGCUUGUGCUAUCUGUCUUUGGCAUAUUUAGGGCGUUGGGCUUCUUUUUCAGGCAGCCCUACUCGUAGGCCUGUUCACACAAAUGCUACUGAGAGGUUCCCUGCCACCUAACUGUAACUGGGAAGGAGCUGGUUGGCUGAUGGUUCCAGAAAGUUCUGCCUCCUCAUGCUGAAGGAAAGCAAUACCUGUGCAGCAGAGACACCCUUGGUAGGAAAGGCAGGGGGUCAGCCUUUGCUGCCAUGCCUGUGACUGAAUUUAGGAAUUGGUGACAAAGGCUGCCCAGUCGUGAGGUGACUCCAAGCCUGGCUCAUUCUUGCUGCCAGCUCAGUUCCACACCCUCAGACCUCCAUGAAUGACAGAGACCAGGACAUCAUUUUACCUGGGACAGAAAGACAAGCUGACUCAGAAUCCUUUAACCUACAAACAAGCUAUCCCCUCACUGUCCCAGUUGUAGACCGAAUCCCCAGUUGGACUCUACAUGGGAACUGUUAACAGUGGCUUCCAGAGUGCAAGCAAGUUCCAAACAACAUCUAUACAGAGGUUUCCAUGGCAACCAUUGCAUCUACCUUGAGUUUGCCAAGGCACAAACAUAGGUAACACUUUCUUAAAAAACACUCUAGACCCUACCUGCCUGCACUAGGACUCCCAGAAUCCAUCUCCUGCUGAGAUGGGUAAUUAACCUCUGAGAACAUGCAUGACUUCCCUGCAUUUUUCCUAUUGUAUUUGAAUUUGUCCUCGCCCCCCUAACUCAGGAGAAAAUGAAUAAGCCUUGUGUGGGUAGCCUCCUGACCUCUACCCUUUAUCUCAUUUUCAGAACAAGACUCUCUAACACAUGGGGGAGGGCAAUAAAACCACCCCACUACAUCUGGCAGGCAAAAACACAUGUUAAGCCCACAAUCUGUAGAAGUAUUUGCUUGCUUGUUGAGACUCUCCUUCCAAAGAGCCAGAAAUAGGAACGGAGGAGAACUGUGGUUCUCAUGAGUUCUCAGGCAAGCUCAGUGAUUACAGGAAGUUCUGGGUGGUGUAUAUGCAGAUACUGAGACCUCUACUAGGCAUCUUCCAUACCUGCUCCUAUCUCAAAGUUUACAUGACAAGUGGUCUAGUAUCUGAAAGGAUGGAAUAAAAGAAAGGAAGGAAGAGAGAAAGAAAGAAAGAAAGGAAGGAAGGAAGGAAGGAAGGAAGGAAGGAAGGAAGAGAGAAAGAAAGAAAGGAAGGAAGGAAGGCAGCUUAUGUUGAGGAGAGCAUCCUUCCUAGCCCUCAGCCACUAACUCUUAAAGUGACUGAGAGCAGGGAAGGCAGCUGGCUCUUAUUGCAGUCUCCUCCUAUGGGCUCAAGUCCAGACUCAGGUCAUAAAUCAAAGAGUGUUGUGUACAUUGUUUUUUCUUUGAAUCAGAGACUGGUCAUGUCUCUGGGACCCUAUGAGGGCAUUGUCAGCAGAUGCACAAGGUGACAGUUGGGGGUUGAGCUGACUUGGCUGUGCCUGGCUGCAUGUUGUACAUGAAACUGUUUCCUUGUGUGCCCUUGGUUUCUCUCUUAGUGAAGAGUGCUAAGUUUUGUACCUCAAAAGUAUAUUAGGCCAUGUCCCUCAAGGUCCACAGCUACCCUCUCUACCCUGUUACCUAAGAUACACAGAGAGUCUGGAACCUUCUUGUGAAAAGGGUCCUUAUUUUUAUAUAAUGCUAUGAUAAUGAUACAGAUGCGCUCUGAUGAAUCUUCUAGACUUUGGCACAUACUGUUUCUAUGACCAGGUGGACCACAGAACCCCACUCCCUGGGAAGCAUCCAUCCCAAACAACUUCAGAUCAGCAUUUUUUCCACUGGCCUCUUCUGGGAUGCCCUACAGGGCUGAGAGUCCAGAAAUCACAGCCAUUUUCCCUCCCUCCCCAUUGACUCAUUGGCUCCCCUCCUCCUCAAGAAGACAAGCCCAUCUAAAAUAGAAGAGCUAUGCAGCCAUUAGAGUUUUAAUUUGAAUUAUUUAUAGUCGGGACAGAACAGAAGCUGGGCCACCUCAUCCUGUCCCCGUCCCCACCAUCAUGUACAUGUCACAAUUGCUUAGCUUCAUCCCAUCCGCAUUUUGACUAACUCACUCAGGGGACUGUUCUCAACAGUCACACACAGUCGGUUUGGGGAAAGGGGUCAGGUUGUACCAGCUAACUAAGCCUUCUUUAGGAUCCUACGCUCACUGCAGAUGCAUACCGUCAUGUUAAAACCAAUGGUUUAUAUUUAAUAUGUUCUAAUUUAAAAUACCACCAAGAAUGGGUGAUUCAACCAGAUAGGGGAGAGCAUGCCUGUAAUUCCUGGUACUUGGCAAACUGAGGCAGGAGGAUUGAUCUGCCUGUAUUGUAGAGCAAGUUCGAGGCAGUCCAAGCUACAUAGGUAAGUUCCAGGCAAGCCUGGGCUAUGUACAGAGCUCUGGGCUAGCAUGAACUAACAUAAUGGGGCUACCUCCCUCUAAAAGAAAAAUAAAAAUUAGUGGUUUUUUUCCCCUAGUUGUACAAAACAACCCUUUGUACUUCAUCAUUACUUGCCUGGGUAAUUUGUCAAUUGAAGACACCCCACAUGCAGGACAUAGGGUCACAGUUUUCUCCAGCUGGGGUAUCUUGGUAUAUGCUGUCAGAAGUUAUCCAAGCAGGGAUAAUGGGGGAUACCUAUCAUCCCAGGAGUUCAAGGUCAUCCUCUACUACAGAACAAGUUAAGCUGCGUGUGAACACACACACACACACACACACACACACACACACACACACACACACGAGAGAGAGAGAGAGAGAGAAGAGUAGGGUAGGGCAGAGUAGAGUAGGGGUAUGAAGGGAACGGGGAGUUAUCUAAGUGGAGGGAGGCAGGGGCUAGAAUUUUCCACAAAGUACAGACUGAUUGGGAAAGAUUCGCUCAGAGAAGGCAGACCUCACGAAGGAAGUUUGCUUCAUCCUUGGGCCUGACAGAUCAUCUUUGAAGGGCUGAUAGAUGCUAGUCCCUGUAUAUCUGGCCUACUUUGGGAAUGUCCAAGGGAUGCACUGCCAGGCACUGCCUAUGAACUGUGCCCAGCCACAGGCUCUGUGGAUUCCCACAGGAGGCUAGUACCUCCCUGGGUGGAUGCUGACCGCUGCCGAGCCCAGCACACCUUGCCUGAGGCUCUGAGACCUGUGAACAGGAGCCAGAAAGCAGAACAGAAAAACUAAAGGGAGAGUGUCAGUGCCAUUUGGGAAGAGCAGCAGAAAUAGGACUCUUGCUGCUAGGAGCCAGGGAAAGUACAUGCAUCCCCACGAUGCAGAGCGUUCAGGAGUCCCACAGUUUCCCUCACCCAGGGCUGCCAGCUUGCUUUGUGACACGAGUCCCGGGGGCAGCUGUGCGUUCCUUUUGGUGUCCACUGUUACCCCAGCCAGCGUGUCACAUGUCACACAGGUGAGAGAGGUUUUGGUUUAUUCCCUACAAGCUUGCCGAGUCAAGAUGAGCUUAUGUGUUCUUGUCGUAGCCAGCGUGAAAAGGAAGGAGAUUUGGUCCCUUGGAUGAAGGGCAAAUGGAAUCUGAAGUCAUGAAUCAGGACAUUGAGAUAAAAGCCAGAUUCCCACAAAAACAGUGCCCCCUGCGUCAAGGAACCCCUUCCCACAAAUAAAGGGUGCACACACCCAUGCUUUCUGACCCCGUUACCACCUUACUUUUUCUCUGGCCACUGGGACUUAGCAGCAGUUAAAGUGAACGUGGUCCUGGCUUGGGGUCAUUCAUAACUUUCCAGAAGGCAGAGAGCCACCAUCUGUAAUGACUGUCAGGGAGGAGAUGACAAGUCUGGGUACAAGACCAGCGACCUGUGGCUGCUCUUAGACAGCCGGGGACCACAGCUGGACACAGAUGUGUGCCACAGCUGUGCUCCAACCAUAGCAAGAAACAUGAGCAGUGGGGGAGCAGCUCCAGGGUCCCUGAGUCUCUGUCCCUUCUUCUCCAUGCCACUGCAGAGCCUGUUUGAACUGGGCAUGGUGGCACACACCUGCCCUGCUGGUACACGGGAGUACAGGAAGAAUGUAGCACGUUAGAGAGCAGCCUAGGCUGUAUGAGGAGUUCCAGGUCAGCCCGGGCUACAGUGCAAGAUCUUGUCUCCUAAACAAAACAAUGAGAAUAAUAAAAUCCUAGCUCCUGUCUCUAGUUCCUACUUCCUGAGGUGGCCGAGAUCUAGUCAAUGUCCACAGGCAGCCCCAUGGCUCUUCCCUGAGAGGACCAGUUGAGGGCAAGGAUGCCCUCAGCUACAAGUUCACAUAGAUAGGUAGAGGACCCUGAGGGAAUUCUCAGGGAGUUCUCCAGUGACUCCUCAUCAGCAGUUUGAUUUCUCUUCCCCAAAUUCAGAAAGAAGUUAAUUGUCCAAGGACUAAGCCAAGGCAAUGCUCACGGAGGCCAUUUAGACUCUGAAAGUCUGGUCCAGCCAGGUGUGGGCGAGCUGUGGUCUGUGGGUGGGGACAGGUCAUUAACUCAAGCUUAUCCUCAAAGCACAGAUGUAAAUGGCUGGGAUUCAAGCCCUCCAUGCCGGGUGUCUCAGAAGCACAGGUAAAAGACUGUUCUCAACAGGAGCUUCUUGCCUCUUCUUCCAGAAUGUUCCCGUCAGAUGUCAGUCAUGCAUCUCAACUUCCCACUUUACCUCAUUUACAUUCUUUUGGCUUUUUGUUCUGUUUUGUUUUUUAUUUUCUUCAUUUAGUGUUGGUGAUUUCCUGCUAUUAAGUGGUGAGACAGGUUAGUGAAAUAAAAAAAAAUAUCUUUAUAUCAAAUGUAAAUAUUAAUAUAAAUGAACUUGGCAUGCAACUUAAGUGAUUCAAUGACACAUAUUACUAACAUGUUAUCUUACUGUAUAAAGGGAAAACGACUGCCAUAUAUGUACCAGAUGUUUUCUGUAACUAAACUUGUCUGUAAAUAUAUAAUCUUAUUUAAAAAAGAGUCUAAUUUACCAUUAUUUAUGCAAUAGAAAAAAAAUAAAAGUUCUUUUUUUUUUUUUCUUCCUUUU